AUGAGCUCUCAUUUGACAGAACUUGCACUUGUGCAAGUACUAGAGCAAGCGAGCAAUCCACAAUAUGCUGGAAUGGAUAUGCAAAAAAUUGCAGAAAAACAACUAAAGGAGUGGGAAGUACAACCGGGGUUCCACUAUUUGCUACAGUCAAUAUAUAUGGAUUUGUCUGUAUCAUUACAAGUGAGAUGGCUCGCAAUUAUUCAAUUUAAAAAUGGUUUAGACAGUUAUUGGAGAUCAACAAGGAUAAAUGCUAUAUCUAAGGAUGAAAAGAAACAAAUUCGGAAUAGGCUAUUCGAUAUGAUAGAUGAGCCUAAUGAUAAAUUGGCCAUCCAAAAUGCCCAAGCUGUAUCCAGAGUAGCACGAAUUGAUUUUCCUGUUGAGUGGCCUAAUCUUUUCGAACAGAUUGAGGUACUCCUUAAUAAUGAAAAUGUGUGGAAAGACCAAGUUAAGGUAUACAAUAUUCUGAUUCACUUGAACCAAAUCAUAAAAAUAAUAGCCGUUGCAAGAAUAGGAAGAUGUAGACCUGCCAUGCAAUCCAAAAUGCCAAUUAUUUUCCCACUUCUUAUGAGGAUAUACUUGUGUUACUUCAAUAAAUGGACUAAUACAGAUUCAAUAGAGGAUGAUGACAUCUCUGAAUUACAAGUUUCUUAUCUAGCAUUAAAAGUCCUAAGAAGAAUUGUAGUCGAUGGGUUUGAAUCGCCUCAUAAGGACAAAUCUGUAAUAGAGUUUAUGUCCAUAUCUGAACAACAUUUCCAGGUCUUAUUGAAAAACUAUCAAGCCUUUGGCUCAUUUGCAAUAUAUGAAAAAUUCAUUAAAUGCUACUGCAAAUUGUACUUUAACUUAAUAUCUUCUUCAACUGCCAACUUUGUCAUGAUGCCAUCCUCUAAAUCUAUACUUAUUACCUUUACUACGUUGGUAAUCGAAAAAGCACCUGACGUGUAUAGGGAGAACCCAGAUUCUGAAACAGGUUUUUGGGAGUCAAUUGCCAUUAGAGGUUUCUUGAUCCUAAAAAAGAUACUAAAUUUUAUAACUAAAAAGGGGGCUGUAACAAUUAAAGUAAGAAGUGAUAAGGCUGAUGUAGAUGCUGCUAUCCACAAGCUAACUACUGAGUUUUUAUCUGAAGAACUUAUUAAAAAACUCGUCGAUUUGCUUAUUGACUGGUAUCUUAAGUUGAGACCUGCAGAUUUGGAGGCAUGGUCAAUCGAUCCUGAAGAAUGGGUAAACGAACAGAUGAGCUCUAGCUUUGAAUAUCAGAUUAGGCCAUGUGCUGAAAAUUUUUUCCAGAAUUUAAUAACCUCUUUCCAGGAGCUUUUAGGGCCAUAUCUUUUGAGUAAAAUUGACUCUGAAGCUUCCCAGCUUACGGACUCAAUCGACGAUCUUUUGAAAAAAGAUGCCUUAUUUUGUGCCUUUCAGCUAAGUGCCCAUGCUGUGUCCGAAACACUUGAUUUUGACAGGCUUUUAGAGACAGUGUUCUUACCUGAAGCGUCAAAGACUGGUGCCUCCACUGAUCAACUACGUGUUAUAAGAAGAAGGGUCGCUUUGGUCAUUGAUGGUUGGGUCUGCGUUAGCUCAUCAGACCAUUCUAAGCAACAGUGUUAUCAAUUUUUCUUGCACAUGCUCAAGAUAGAACCUGAUAAAGUAGUGCAAUUAUCUAUAGUUCAAGCACUAAGAACAAUGAUAGAUGAUUGGGACUUUAAAAAGGAAAUAUUUGAACCAUACUUAGAAAGCUUUGUCACAAUAUUUUUACAGCAACUUUUGCCGGAAGUAUCAUUGACAGAGACUAGACUUUACGUGUUGAAUACAUUGACCGAUUUAAUAAUUCAAACAAAGCCAUUGGUAAAUAAGCAGCUUUUGAUGAAGAUCCUUGAAAUUGUUCCAAAGUUUUGGGAUAUUGCAAGCAAUGAUCCAACCGAGUCAAUCUUGGCCAAUGUUCUACUUCGUCUCCUAAGAUAUUUAGCAAUAUCUUUGAGGAACUACUCAUAUGCUACAUGGGAUAUUUCGUUAAAUAUUAUUGAAACUGCUUGUAACCCGACCUCCUCGCAAUCAUCGCUUCUUCUAGAGGAUGGUUUAGAGUUGUGGAGCGCUCUUUUGCAGAACUAUGAUCCUCAAGAGCAAAAUUUAGAUGAACGGUUCCUCAAUAUUACACCUUUACUCCUGCACAGCGUAGAAACACAAACUGAACUACUUCCAAUAUCAUUGGAAAUUUUAAAGAGCUAUUCCAUAUUGUUACCACCACAGCAGUUCCAUUCAUUCCCCUCAUUUAACGAAAUCUUGAAAAGAACAUCCAGUCAUUUAUUGUUGUUGAGAGAUGAUGCUUACACAAUACUCUUAGAAAUAUGGGAUAUUUUAGCAUUAGCAGACGAGAGUGAGAAUGAAAUGACCAUUCUUUACCAUUUCUCUUAUAAUUCGGUAUUCAAGAGUGUGUUUGAUGCUAUAUUCUUACAAGAACAAUUAUCACCUUUCCAAACAAGCCAAUUGUUUAAAAUAUUUGCUCGAAUUUCCUUUAGUCAUCCUAACAACAUUAUAACAUUGUUAUCGGAUUAUCAAAAAAAUCUAGAAAGUCCGUUGGAGAAUUCGCGACUACCAGAAGCUCAGCGUAAACUUGUAACCAAUGAAACCCCACUUGAGGACAUAAUAAAGGUAUUCUUCGAUGUAUGGUGUAAAGCAUAUGGAUCUAUAUAUGAUCCUAAACUAAAGAAAAUCCACUUACUUGGUAUGUCUUCUCUAUUGAAAACUGGAGCUGCACCAUGUUUAUCCUACUUUGCUGUUAUCCUCUCCAUGUGGAUCGAAUCAUUAGAAGAGAUCAAUGAGAACUCAGAUGGUGACUGUGAAAAAUAUCACCUAUCCGAUGCAGAGUUGUCACCUGAGACAAAUUGUGAACAAGUUAGACUUCACGAAUUAAUAAGGCAAAAUGAUCCUGCACAUAUUAUUAGUGUAAAAAAUUUCAUAUCGGAAACAUUGUCUUUCUUGAAAAAUAAUAUGGAUGAGGAUUCGUUCCAGAAACUUGUUUUAUCUGCCGACCCAGUGUUAAUGGAAAAUUUACAACUCUUUAUGUCAAUAAAACCUCAAUAG